AUGCUUAGGCCUGCAUCCUACCGAUCACUGGAACUGAUGCAAUACUGUAUUGACCGCUUCAUCGAAGCAGCCUUCGGGAAAGCAGCUCAGAACCUCUCCUUUCUCGACUUGAUGCGGUCAAAAGGAGAUGGUGGCCUCAACUGGGAACGCAUAGGUGAUUUGUACUGCAUGGCCGAGAGAAACUUUCGUGAUCAACGGUUCAGAUUUCGUGCCGGGCGUAAGAAACACUCCCAGAGCAGCCUGAAGGUAUUGAGGAACUCGAGGGGCCUUGAUCAGGCUCGUUGUCAGGUGCGGCUUUUGUUUCAGGCAGAGCAUCAUGGGUAUUCAAGAGCCCUGGCAAAAGUAACGAACCCAUCAGCAUUGCAACGACUCAAACAAGCCAUGGCCCCUCCAUCGAUAGACGCUCAGCGUACCAGACAUCGCAUUUUCAUUGUCAAUUUCUGGCGCCUGUGUCAUCGGCUUCUCAGGAACGAUCUGGCAUGGCCACAGUACGACUACUCUUAUGUUGAAGACUUCCUCUUGGAGUUGGAAAUCGUCAUUGUUAAGGAAUAUGGUCCAUACCACCCGCUAUGUAAGCUGUUGGUGGCGCUUGUAAAGCUGUUGGGAGAGGUGUCAAAAGCGGAUAUGCUGGAGGUUCUGAGCCUUGGUGUUUCUCGAACUAUUCAGUCCAUGGCGCCAGGUAUCACUUCGGUGCAGAAGCGAACUCUUGUCUUCCGCCGGUGGACAGCCAAUAUGACACAUACCUGA